AUGUAUCGUUUGGCUACGAAAACUCAGUUGAAACGCACGGUCGGUGUUGUUCGCCCGGCCAUGUUUGCUAUGCGCAGCAUGGCCACCGCUAACCAGGAUCUGGACGUUGUGGUUAUUGGUGCUGGCCCCGGCGGCUACGUGGCGGCUAUCAAAGCUGCUCAGCUGGGCCUCAAAACCGCCUGUAUCGACAAGCGUGGCCCUCCCGGUGGCACCUGUCUGAAUGUGGGCUGCAUUCCCUCCAAGGCACUGCUCAAUAACUCUCAUAUUUAUCACACCAUCAAGGAGGACACGAAAAACCGUGGUAUCGAGGUUUCCGACGCCAAGAUCAACUUUGGCCAGUUCAUGAAGUCAAAGGAAGACGCCGUUAACGGUUUGACUGGCGGCGUCCGCAUGCUUUUCAAAAAGAACAAGGUCGACUACUAUGAGGGCUCUGGCUCGUUCGUCAACGAGAACACCAUCGAGGUCGACAUGAACGAUGGAUCGGACAAGGUCACUUUGAAUGCCAAGAAUGUUAUUAUUGCCACCGGUUCCGAGCCCACCACCUUCCCCGGUAUCGAGAUUGAUGAGGAGCGCAUCGUCACCUCCACCGGCAUCUUGAGCCUCAAAGAGAUCCCCAAGUCUCUUACCAUCAUCGGUGGUGGUAUCAUUGGUUUGGAGAUGGGUUCCGUUUGGGCUCGUCUCGGAACCAAGGUCACUGUCGUCGAGUUCAUGCCCUCCAUCGGUGGUGCUGGUAUGGACGCUGAGCUUUCCAAGACUGCUCUCAAAAUUCUCAAAAAGCAGGGUAUGAACUUCCAGUUGCAGACCAAAGUUAUGGGUGCCAAGCGUGACGGUGACAUUGUCAAGAUCGACGUCGAGGAUGCCAAGGGCAACAAGUCCGAGCUCGAGUCUGAGGUCCUUCUGGUUGCUGUUGGCCGUCGUCCUUACACUGAGGGUCUUGGCCUUGACAAGGUCGGCAUCGAGACCGACAAGAAGGGCCGUGUUGUUAUGGACUCCGAGUACCGCACCAAGUACCCCCAUGUCCGCGUCAUUGGUGACGUCACUUUCGGUCCCAUGCUGGCCCACAAGGCCGAGGACGAAGGCAUCGCUGCCGCAGAGUACAUCAAGAACGGCUACGGUCAUGUCAACUACAACGUUAUCCCUAGCGUCAUGUACACCCACCCUGAGUUUGCCUGGGUCGGUCAGAAUGAGCAAGAACUCAAAGACGCCGGCAUCAAGUACAACGUCGGUAAGUUCUCUUUCGCUGCUAACUCUCGUGCCAAGACCAAUCUCGACACUGAGGGCUUUGUCAAGGUUCUGGCCGACAAGGAAACCGACCGCAUUCUCGGUGUCCACAUCGCCGGCCCUAACGCUGGCGAGAUGAUCGGUGAGGCUGGUUUGGCUCUGGAGUACGGUGCUGCUGCUGAGGACGUCGCUCGUACCUGCCACGCCCACCCCACUCUUUCCGAGGCCCUCAAGGAGGCCUGCUUGGCUGCUUUCGAUAAGCCCAUCAACUCUUAG